UUAAAAAUAACAACAAAAUUAGAAAGUAGAAAAUAAAAAAUGGUGGCUCCGGCAGCGGAGGGAGUAGCCGUCACGGCUCUCCGAUCUGUUAUACUCCGAGUACGGAAGGCAGCAGAACGGGCGGGGACUCAACCCGAACGUGUCCGUGUUGUGGCGGUUUCGAAGACUAAACCCGAGUCACUUAUCCGGCAAGUGUACGACGCCGGUCACCGCUGUUUCGGCGAGAAUUACGUCCAAGAAUUUGUUCAAAAAGCCCCUCAGGUGUUCUAUGGGAAAAAUAAAAUUCAUCUGUUUUUCAACAAGAAAAAAUUCCUUCCCGUUUUUCUUUUUAAUCAAUUUUGUUGUUUUUGGCAGCUGCCUGAGGAUAUUGAGUGGCAUUUUAUUGGACAUUUACAGAGUAACAAGGUUAAGACGCUUCUCGGUGGAGUGCCAAAUCUAGCCUUUUUUGAGGGUGUUGAUAAUGAGAAGAUCGCAAACCAUCUUGAUCGUGGAGUUUCAAGCCUCGGGAGAAACCCUUUGAAGGUUUUUGUACAAGUAAAUACAAGCGGAGAAGCUUCAAAAGCCGGGAUAGAUCCGUCAGGUUGUGUUCGGCUUGCAGAACAUGUUAAAUUACGCUGUCCACAUUUGGAGUUUUCUGGCUUAAUGACUAUAGGGAUGCCGGACUACACCUCAACACCUGAGAAUUUCAGGACACUAUCAAACUGUAGAGCUAAGGUUUGCAAGGCACUUGGAAUGGAAGAAGAUCAAUGUGAGCUAUCAAUGGGCAUGUCCGGUGACUUCGAACAAGCGAUUGAAAUGGGCAGUACAAAUGUGAGGAUUGGCUCCACCAUUUUUGGACCAAGGGACUACUCAAAGAAGUAACUAAAUUUAUGUCUUUAGAUUGUGUUGGAUGAGUAUUAUCCAAUUCCGAUCUAUGAUCUUUUGUGUCGCUUAUUGACAAAAAUUUACCAAAUCUAUG